GACAGAUGGAGCUGGAGAGGAUGGAGUGGGAGAGGAGGAGGCAGGAGAUGAUCGAGAGAGCAAGGAUGGGGGGAUUCGAGGGAGAGACGGAUGACCUGUGUCAGCUGGGCCUUCUCAAGGGUGCUCCAGGAGAAGAUGGCAAACCUGGCCCAAAGGGUCUGAUUGGGGAGAGAGGACAGAAGGGAGAACCAGGAGUUGGUCAUCGUGGUCCAGUUGGUCAGGCUGGUGCGCCUGGGCAUAAGGGUGAGCCAGGUGUACCAGGACCCCCCGGAGCUCAGGGCAUCCAGGGUAUCCGAGGCAACCACGGAAUCCCAGGAUCUCAUGGGCAGCGAGGGCCAACAGGAAACCCCGGGGAACCAGGCAGACCGGGCGACAGAGGGAAGAGGGGCAAGCAUGGAACACCAGGCUCUCCAGGACGUCCUGGUACUCCAGGAACACUGGGCGUAACAGGAGAACCAGGCAUCAAGGGUGACAAGGGUGACAGCAUCCCAGGAGAACCAGGGGAGAGGGGAGUGGCAGGUUUGCCUGGCCGUCGGGGUCCUAAAGGAACAGCAGGAACUAGAGGACUGUCGGGACCCAUUGGUCCCAAAGGCUUGGCGGGAACAAAAGGAGAAAAGGGUGACAACGGCCUUCCUGGGGUCACAGGAGAGAGGGGCAGCCCCCUCACUAUGCAUGGCCCUCGCGGAUACAAAGGCUUGAAAGGGGAAAUGGGAGAAAGAGGACCUCCAGGCUUUGACGGGGAUAAAGGAGAGAAAGGGGAAGAUGGCCCUCCAGGAGGAAAGGGCUUGAAGGGGGAGACCGGAUCCAAAGGUGCGGUUGGUCCGUUUGGAGCCAGAGGAUCUGUAGGCCAAAAGGGAGACCAAGGCGAGGCAGGAGUCGAUGGUGAACCGGGUCGUAACGGAGUGGACGGACUGAACGGCGAGAAGGGGGACAAGGGAGACAUGGGCAUGCAGGGGCUGAAGGGGAGUCAGGGUGAGAUGGGAGAGCCGGGUGUGCCAGGAGCUACAGGAGAGAACGGAGAGAAAGGCAUGCGAGGUCUACCUGGCCGUAUGGGCAGCGCGGGCAUGGAUGGCGAGCUGGGGGACCCAGGGUUGCCAGGCGCUCCAGGAAUUCCAGGCCUAAACGGGCUCACUGGGCGAAAGGGUGAAAAAGGAGAUGGCGGCGUCAACGGAACUGAUGGCUUGCCUGGGCUGAAAGGGGACAAGGGGGCCACGGGAUUUGCAGGGUUCCCCGGAUUCAAGGGCUCCGCUGGAGCCCCGGGGGCCUCUGGGCAGGGACGCCCGGGGCCCAUCGGCCCUAAAGGAGACACGGGAGUAAAGGGCGCCAAGGGCAGAAGAGGCCGAGGCAAGCCAUGCGUGAGGGGCAUCCCCGGGACUCCUGGACAACGAGGCCAAAACGGUGAAACUGGACAGGAGGGAACCAAAGGAGACAAGGGCGAAUCAGGACUCUCUGCGGAAGAGGUGAAGGAGCUUGUGACCAAGGAAGUGGUGAAAAAGUGUGGGAAUGACAUUCUGGUGCUGGUGAACUCUCAGGACCCAGAUGCAGAGGAUGGCGGCGGGGCGCCAGGGACCGUGUUCUCCACCAUCAUCAGCAGCACGCCUAGCGAGGAUGACUACGGAGAGGAAGAGGAGCAGACAGACACAACUACUGUCAGUCCAUCCACCCCAAAUACAGUGGUAACAACAGCCUCAUUCAACCUCACAGACGUCCACGGAGGAGCGAGGCGGCGGCGACGGGGGAGGAGACGUGUCUUCCGGCCCUCUUCAGGCCUCUCCUCAGAUGCCUGCAUGGAGCCCAUGUCUGAGGGCCAGUGCUCCGAGUACAUCCUGCUGUGGUACUUCCACCUGCGCUCUGGAGGGUGCCGCCCUUUUGUCUACGGUGGCUGUGGGGGGACAAGAAACCGCUUCGCCUCUAAACAGGAAUGUCAGAUGCUUUGCGCCCAGGGUCAGAAAGCUUCUGACCACAGGUGAAAAUAAUCCUGCCAACAUAUUUCAAUGUCUAUGUAAAUAGCUGUAUAAUCCUUGCUGUUUUGUUGUUGCGUCUUAUUGCUUAUUUCCACUGACACUAAAGAUGAGUAACUGUAAUGGAACUGAUAUGUUUUUGUUGCACUACUACUACUGUAUAUGAUGUUUCUAUCAUUGUUUUUAGAUUUUGUCACACUUUCUUUUACCAGUAGGCCUAAGCCACAGUCCAUUUGUCAACAAGUCAUCUAUGACUGAUUUUUAUUUUUUUUAUGAUCUUGUCCCAUCAACUAAGUACUGGCGUCUGAAUUCAUCUGGUGAAAUUAAAACUCAUGUGGCACUUA